AUGCCAAGCUUUCUUAGUCGUCGCUCACGAGGGGACCUCUCGAUUCACCACCUCAGCCUAUCGUUCGGAUCUGGCCGUUUCAUUUUCCUGCUCUCUACAAUACAUUUCCACAUACCCACAUGCACACCCACAGAAAGACACACACACGUGCGCACAAAAGAGGAGAGUCAAACCGACUCAAGGUACCCUAUGGAGGCGAACUGUAGAAUGGCUCAGUUGGAUGCUGGUCGUGGAUCCGACUGUUGCCAGGCCAUUUUGUCCGACCGCCAAGCCACGCCCAUGAUUAUGAGAUCAUGGUGUGGAUCGCAUGCACAACCCAUCCUUAAUGUGCGAAUCUCUCUCUCUCUCUCUCUUUGUGUGUCUAGCCGAUCCCUUCCCCAGUAUGGGCGGGUGGAGACCCUGAUCUGCAUCCAGUUCUAG